AAAAGCCUCGGUCCAUACACAAAUCCUAGACACCGACCGGCUGCUUAAAUCACUUUCUUUAUGAAGGAGAGCCCUGAGGAGUAUUGUAAGUCUUUCAUUUCGGGAAUGCGACUGAUGUAUUUCAAGUAUCUUCUCGAGUUUAAACAAAAAUAACUGAAAUAAGACAGCUGUCAAGUACGGCAAAGAGUCCUUCCCGACACAUAGGGUAGCUCUAGCUCCUAGGUAGCUACACCAUACCGCAUCCACGAGCUCGUGAAACGACCAAUCAAGAAUGUCAAUAACCUCCAACAACACCAUGGCAUCCUUUGCACAAAGCAAGAAACGAAAAAGAAGACGUCAAGAUAAGGCAUCCAUUUCAGCGAGAUUGAUUCUGGAUGAGCAUGUGAAAGGGGAUGUGGGAAUCAUAUCUGAGGAUUUGACAAAAGACUUAUUUUUGAGCGGUGUGUCUGGGGAAACGGUGCACUACAUUGCGAUAUCUCCCUGGGGUCCUUCUAAAGCAGUCGAAGACUCAACAUGGACUGUUCUUCCUGUCAGGUCCUCAAAUACAUUGGCACAUUCCACCGUACAAUUCUCACCGGACUCACCGACUCUACAAGCAUUCGCCGAAACCCUUCAGAAGGUUGCUUCCUCAAAAUUAUCCAGCAAUAGCAGAAGCGGGAUUGAAAUACGCGUCCUAGAUAUCGUGCCAUUACCUUUAGAGACAAUUUUUGUUACGAUUGAGGGGGAGUCUGCAAAGAGAUUAGAAAAUGGAGAAGGGACAUUUCACGGAGAACAUCCGCAGACAAGCGGACACGCAAAGUCAUUAGCAAAUGGGGUAAGCCCAGAAGAUAAACUGACCAAGGCGAUUCGAGAAGCUUUAAGAUCGUUGAAAGUCGUUCAUACAGGAGAUUUUGUUCAAUUACCUUUACAACCCCAUCCUAUCACACAUGUUCCUCCUCCUCCGGCAAAAGUAACUCUUAGCGAGCCUGUGGGACAAGGACUACUGUCGCCAAAAACCAAGAUAAUUGUCACACAAACUGGCCAUCAUGCAAAAAAUCAAUCAAAACAAACGCCUAUCCCAAUGAGCCGAGGGCUGAAUCAAGUGACGGAAGAGGACGAAGAUACAAGUAAUGACCAAUUCUAUUCCGCUGCCGAGGACAGAUAUAAAACCGAUACUGCUUUUGAGGAGGAAUCUGAUUAUGUUACAGAAACAGAAACAGACACGGAGCUAGAAAGUAGUGCCGAUAAUGAUAGUCUUUCGGAUGAUUCCAUGGACGACAUGAUCUCCCUACAAGCACCCAUGCUACCAGCUCACAACGCCAGCGGAAUUUCGACGAUACAACCGGGAUCCCCCCAAACAGUUGUACCCGGCGGACGAAGAACGAAUGGUGUCGCUACGCCAGGUUCCGUAUUCUCUUCUUUCACGACAACUACUCGUGCUGGUGGACAAAGCGGAAGAUUGUUCAAAACGCAAGGACUAGCUACACCACUUACCGACGAGAUGCUGCACCCCAAGCCCAAUGCCGACGAUGAUGAGGAGGCGAGGAUAUUCGUGGAUAUCAACUCUCUAACCAAGAUUGGGUGCUUUUCAGGAGAUUGGGUAAGGUUAGAGGCAGCCGCAGAACCUCCUGUCAAUGGCGUUGGUCUGUGGGGCCCGGGGGGCUUUGGAGAAGCAGAGGAAGAAAAGCCCUGGCGGCCUGUGAAGGUUUUUGGUCUCCCGGAAAACUACUCACACCGUCCCAUGACCAAAAUACCACGUGGUAAACAGGAGGGUCGAAGACUGUCUUUCUUUGAGUCACAAGUUCAGAAACCAGCCACCCCAUCGGCUUACAUGUCACCUAUCCUCCUCGCAAAUUUGGAGAACACUUCCUACUGUCGCAUUGCUCCUUUGAAACUAUCAUCACAGGCAGUAACAUUGAAAGCGCCAUCAGCUAAGAUUACUGGCUCUUCUUCCCCCCCUGUAGCCAAGGAGUUAACUCUCAUGAAGAUCUCCACCCCUGCCUCUAACGAGCGCACUUUGCAAAACGCUUUGUUUGCUGGACUAAAAAAGCAUUUCGCUGGAAAAACGAGAAUCGUUAGAAAAGGUGAUCUCAUUGCUGUUCCAAUCGAUGAAGUGCUUGGUCGAACUCUAAGUCAGUCAUCUACAAGCGAGGACCUUGAAAUCGAUGACAUGUUAUCAAACGCAAAACUCAAUGACUGCGAACCUAGUAAAUCAAGCAAGACGAGUGGAGUCGCUUGGUAUAGAGUAAGCUACCUUGGUUUGACGAAGGAUAAUCAGGAAGAUAGCGAAGAUGAUGACGUAUGGGGAGGUGUAGCCUCGAUUGACGCCUCGAACACACGUAUGAUGCAAUCUGGAAGCGAAAAUAGUCGGUUACCUGCAACUAUGGAGAAUUCCUGGGAAUAUUACUUGGGGCUCAAGUCGAUAUCUAAGAAUGAUCUGGAAUCUACCGCAAUACCAGAAAUAAAACGACCGCAUGUCACAACUUUGCAACGACGAUUGAGAGAAUUGAUAGCCACAGCCACAAGUCCUAGAGCUAUACAUCUGAAGCUACCGCCACUUGCAAUAUUACUUGUGUCUACGCAACGUGGCAUUGGAAAAGCAACAUUAGCAACCAAGGCUUGUGCAGAUAUUGGUCUACAUACCUUUAAGCUUGAUGCUGUCGAUAUCGUCGGCGAAGGUGGAGCUGGAAGCGACGUUAAAACUGCUGGAUUUCUGGAGGCGCGCGCUGAAAGGGCUAUGAAUUGUGGCCCCGAGUUUUGUGCACUCCUUAUACGUCACAUCGAAUCGCUCACUGCCGACAGAAUGGUCACUACAUUAAAAGAAAUUCAAAGUGGAACGAGAGUCAUUAUUGCGACCACAACCGAGGUCGACAAGAUUCCAGACGGUAUCCGAGGUUUGUUCACUCACGAACUCGAAAUGACUGCUCCUGAUGAGUGGGAGCGGGAGGGAAUCCUUCGUGCUAUAAUCGAUGACCAAGCUAUCGAUCUCGCACUAGACGUAGACCUUAGUUCAGUCGCCGUAAAGACUGCUGCUCUUGUGGCUGGAGAUUUAGUUGAUGUUGUAGAUCGAGCUCUUGUGGCACGGAACGCUAGGAUAGAAAUACUCGCAGCUGCAUGUACCAAUGCUGAAAAUAUUGUUACGGUUCGCGACGUACUUGUUUCUGGUGGGGCAGCAGGCCGUUGUCUUACCAAAGCAGAUUUUGAUUUUGCAGUAGACGCCGCACGAAAGAAUUUUGCUGAUUCCAUUGGUGCACCAAAGAUUCCAAAUGUUGGUUGGGAUGAUGUAGGUGGUCUUUCCAAUGUCAAGGAAGCAGUAAUGGAGACCAUUCAAUUACCUCUAGAGAGACCAGAAUUAUUCGCGAAAGGCAUGAAGAAAAGGUCUGGCAUUUUGUUUUAUGGUCCUCCUGGUACUGGAAAGACUUUACUUGCGAAGGCUAUUGCUACGGAAUUCAGUCUCAAUUUCUUCAGUGUCAAAGGUCCGGAGUUACUGAACAUGUACAUUGGUGAAUCUGAGGCCAAUGUUCGACGAGUCUUUCAACGUGCGCGUGAUGCACGACCUUGUGUUGUUUUCUUCGACGAGCUUGACUCUGUGGCACCUAAGAGAGGCAAUCAAGGGGACAGUGGUGGAGUCAUGGAUCGUAUUGUGUCACAAUUGUUGGCGGAGUUAGAUGGCAUGUCUGAUGGGGAUGACGGUGGUGGAGGUGUCUUUGUCAUUGGCGCAACUAAUCGACCGGAUCUUUUGGAUGCAGCCUUAUUGAGACCAGGAAGAUUUGAUAAGAUGUUGUACUUGGGAGUAAGUGAUACGCACGAAAAGCAAGAGACGAUUUUGGAGGCUUUAACAAGGAAGUAAGUUAUCUAGUAUCUAUUCAUAUUGAAACACACUGACUUCAAUAGGUUUACACUCUCCCCUACGCUAUCCCUUGCACGUGUCGCUGCCACACUUCCAUUUACAUACACCGGAGCAGAUUUUUAUGCUCUCUGUUCUGAUGCUAUGCUGAAAGCUGUAACACGUCAAGCAUCACUCGUGGACUCACAUGUCGCCGAACUCAACUCCCAACGCGUAAGCGAGGGCAAAGGAAAGGUUUCAACGGCAUAUUGGUUUGAUCAUUAUGCGAAAGAAGAUAAUUUGCGUGUGGUCGUACAAGAAGAGGAUUUUGAAGCUGCAGGAAGAGAGUUAGUUCCUAGUGUUAGUGCAGGAGAAUUGGAGCAUUAUGCAAGAGUUAGAAGUCAAUUCGAGAGCGUAAAAGAUAAGGAUAAAAGUGCGCAAAGGCCUACCUCGUCAGGAAGUUCAAGGAGCUCAAGAAAAGGGAAAGGAAAAGGAAGAGUAGAUGUCAAAGGCAAAGGAAAGGCGAAAGACAUGGAUGGAUGGGAUGAGAACGCCGAGGAUGGUUAUUAUAAUGGCAGUGAUGAAGAACAACUUAAUGGUACGGUCAGAGUGAAGGGGAAAGGAAGGGAGUCUGUACAAGGCCUAUUUCAGGAUGGAAGUAUGGAGGAUGAAGAGAAUUUAUAUUGAUGAUGUAUAAGGCAGGAUAUAUGAGGAUGUAUCUACUAAAGAGGAAGAGAAUAUAUAUAAUUGAUGAACAUAAUCAUAAUCUUAUAUACACGCACAGGCUCUAUACAAAG